AUGGUGCUCACAGGCAACGAUGUCGCGAAACACGCUGACGAAAAGUCAUGCUGGGUGAUUAUUCAUGGCAAAGCAUAUGAUGUGACAGAGUUCUUGCCAGAACACCCCGGAGGCGAAGAAAUCAUUCUCAAAUAUGCCGGCAAAGAUGCGACAGAGGAAUUCGACCCGAUCCAUCCUCGAGACACGCUGGACAAGUAUCUCGAAAAGUCCAAGCAUCUCGGCCCCGUAGACAUGUCCACCGUCGCCCAGGAAGUUAAGAAGGACGACCCUGAAGAAGCAGAGCGGCAGCAGAGGAUAGCUGAGAUGCCGUCGCUGUCACAGUGCUUCAACUUGCAUGAUUUUGAGGCCAUUGCGCGGAGAACCAUGAAGAAGACUGCGUGGGGGUAUUAUUCAAGCGCAGCUGAUGAUGAGAUUACUAUGCGUGAAAACCACAGCGCCUACCACAGAAUCUGGUUCCGUCCGCAAAUCCUCGUCGACGUCUCAACCAUUGACCUCUCCACCACCAUGCUCGGCACCAAAGUCGACGCCCCCUUUUACAUCACCGCCACUGCCCUAGGCAAGCUCGGCCAUCCAGAAGGCGAAGUCAUCCUCACCCGCGCGGCCCACAAGCAUAACGUCGUCCAGAUGAUCCCCACGCUGGCCUCAUGUUCCUUUGACGAGCUGGUAGACGCGAGGCAGGGCAGCCAGGUGCAGUGGCUGCAGCUGUACGUCAACAAGGACCGCUCCAUCACCAAGAAGAUUGUCCAGGAGGCAGAGCGGCGCGGCUGCAAGGGCCUCUUCAUCACCGUCGACGCGCCGCAGCUCGGCCGCCGCGAAAAGGACAUGCGCCUGAAAUUCACAGACACGGGGAGCAACGUGCAAAAGGGCCAAAAGACCGACACCAGCCAGGGCGCCGCGCGCGCAAUCUCCACCUUCAUCGACCCGUCGCUCAGCUGGGCCGACAUCCCCUGGUUCCAGAGCAUCACCAAGAUGCCCAUCAUCCUCAAGGGCGUGCAGCGCGUCGAGGACGUCCUGCGCGCCGCCGAGGCCGGCGUCCAGGGCGUGGUGCUGUCCAACCACGGCGGCCGCCAGCUCGACUUUGCGCGCUCCGGCAUCGAGAUCCUCGCCGAGACGAUGCCCGUCCUGCGCCAGCACGGCCUGGACAAGAAGAUUGACGUCUUUGUCGACGGCGGCGUGCGCCGCGGCACCGACAUCCUCAAGGCGCUGUGCCUCGGCGCAAAGGGCGUCGGCAUCGGCCGCCCGUUCCUCUACGCCAUGAGCACCUACGGCCAGCCCGGCGUGGAGCGCGUCAUGCAGCUGCUCAAGGACGAGAUGGAGAUGAACAUGCGCCUGAUUGGCGCCGCCAAGAUCGAGGACCUGCACCCGGGGCUGCUGGACACGAGGAGUCUGUUUGUGCAUUCCAAUGCCACGCCCGUGGAUUCGCUCUCGUUGACGACGUAUGAUCCGUUGAUUGUUCCUGCGCAGAGACUUAAAGCGAAACUGUGA